CUUUAGCAGGAGGAAAAUAAGGAAGGUUGAUAGGAUAGAAACCAUUGGAGUGAGAGAAAGAGUUGCUGAAAAGCUGGACGUCUACUGGAGCCGAUAUCUCAUUCAUCAAAACCAGAACAGAAUCAAACUCUACAGAAAUCAUACAGAAUCAAGAUGUUGUCUGGGUCACAGGUCACAUUUCUCCUGCUUCUUUAUCUAUCUGAGUGGGUCCGCGCAGCAUCCGUUGGUCCAUCGCUGCUCCAACCUCCCAUGAGGCGCGUUCGCAUCAUUGAAGUAGGAGACGACUACGAUGACGCAAGCGCAGUGACAACACUCGCCCCACGAUCACCCGGGGCCACCACCACCAGCGCGAUCCCCCGUAUAUGUGACUACGACCCCUGUGUGGUUCAGAUGACCCCCUGCUCUGAGAUUUCGGCCCAGACGGGUUGCCUCUGUCGAGGGGUGACUGGAGGGGAGGUGAGGCCCGAGGCCCCGAAGCUUCGGGAGAUCAAAGUGGAACACUCGGGGCAGGUGGUCGUCCACUGGUGUGCCCCUCGCUCCACGGUCAUGCAUUAUAAGGUUACUCUGAAAGGUGGGGAAGGGCAAGAGCAGAUUUUCGAGGAAUAUUUGCGGAACAGUGUUGUGGCCGGGAUGAAGGUCGGAGAAACGGUCUGUGUGUCGGCCAUGAAUGAGGCAGGGGUCAGCGAAGAGUCAUGUGCCCAAUACGAGUCACCGAUGACUGAUCACUACGGUUUGAGCGCAGGAAUUAUUGCGGGGGGCGUCGGCUUUCUGGUGCUGAUUACGCUUCUUGCUGUUUUACUGUGGCGACGGAGGUCGUGCCGAAAAGCAAAUAUGAGUGAAGCAGCUGGUCUCGGCAAUCCUUCAUACACCAAUGAUGCCGUUCUGUAAUGACUCACUCAACAGGAUAAAGUGACAGCAUGGGAGAAAGAAACUGAAUGUAUGAGAUUUUGCGCUGAGCGUCUGACUGAAAAAUGCUCUAAACUGCUUUGUUUGGUUCAGAUUUUCAAAUUGUGCGAUGGUUUUUAAUGUUUCAUACAACAUGAAAUCUAAACUUACCCUCUUUUUUAUAUUGUAAAGACAGAUGAUUGUCUUCAUUGCGUAGACUUCCUUCACCUGUAGAUCAUCGUUUUUCUCUUAUGUCAUCUGGGAGACAUCAUGGGAGAUAUUGAAUAAUGCAACCAACGUCCUUAUCAUAGAUAUUUUGUAUGUUUUUUUGAAAUGCAAUUAGAUAUUUAGACAUUGAUUUAGGUUACUGUUGUACAGUAAGUGACGCAGCGUUUCUAAAAUCUUGUCAACACAGUGAUUUAUUGCCGAUUAACAUGAACUUAAUGAAGGUUACACUAAUAACUACCAUUGAUGUGUGUACUAUUAAUAUUUGGGUUAGGUAACUGCUGGGAAAGGUGAGGAUUCUCUGGAGUUGUUUUGUUUUAUAUUUAGCAAAACAGCACAUUUUCACCACAAAUUUACCAUUUUCUUACUACAGUAACCAGAGUUUAAGCAUGACAAUUUAUAGUUAAACCGUGGUAAAUAAACCAAUACCAUGACUACAUUUGAACUAUAAUAAAACCACGGUUAAUUGAUUGAUAUUUCUUACGAAACUUGUGUUUCUGAAGGACUAUAAUCCUCUCCCAACCCACUUCAAACUCACAUUCAACUCUGACUCAAUUCUGAUACGACACUCCCAAAUUUCAUACUCAAACCAAUUCCCAGUGGUUAAAAUCUAGUGUCUUGCUUGUGUUUUUAUUUUCUCACUCGGUUAUGCUCAGAGGUACGUUACAGAAAUGAAAUGUGUAGAAAUCUUAUUUAAUUUAAUAGCACUAAUGGUUCUGUAGCCCUUAGGAAGCCUGGAGCUUCAGUAUGCUAAACAGGGUUUUGUAAAGUUUGUUGUACAGCUUCUUGAGAUUUUGUAUAAAUAUUGAAAAUGCAAUCAUUAUCGUAGUUUUUUUGUAGUACAACUAACUAUGUAGGCCUCGUCAUUUCAAUAAAGAUAUUACCACUGCC